CCCCUCCAGGUGCACAGUUAGCUAGAGUCACCAUGAUCCACCUGUGCCUGGGCGUGCUGAUCUUGGCUGCGUUAGCGGCGGGCGAGGAUAAAGCGAUCCGCAUCGCCUGCGGGAAGAACCGGGUCAACGUCACGUGGAGGCUCAGUCGCCAGUUGGCGCCGCACGGGAGCCGCUUCUUCCUGGGCAACUGCAUCCGCUCGCACGCCGCCAAGCUGCCCGGCGGGGAGGUGGAGCUCCAAUUCGACGUCUCCUUCUCUGAGUGCAAAUUCACCAAGCUGAUGAAAGGCAAGCACGUGGUCUUCCAGAACAAACUGACCUACAGGCCGCAGUCUAAAUCCAAGCCUCCAGCUUAUGAGUACCCCGUCAGAUGCGUCUACGACAGACCCGAGGCGUGGGUUCCACCCUUCUUGAACCCGGGCUUCAGUGCGUCGGCGGGACGAGGCGGCCUCAUCUUCCACAUGGCGCUGCUCAACGAGCAGAUGUCGGGCGUGGCCAAGACCAACGUGGUGCCCCUGGGCUCCUUCAUGGCCGUCUGGGCGGCGGUGGAGCAGCAAGGCCACCAACCCCUGCGUCUCUUUAUGGAGGAGUGCGUGGUGGCCGAUACGGCCGUGCUGCAGCCGCGCCGCCAGGUCUACCCCGUAGUCGGCAACAAAGGGUGUCUGACGGAUAGUGUACGCACAAAUUCUGUCUUCCUUCCUCGAUACCACUCCUCCGCUAUCGUCCUCUACAUGCAGACCCUCAUGUUGGGUGUUGGAGAGGUGUACAUCCACUGCAAACUGGUGGCCUGGGAUCCCGAGGUCCUUAAUGAAAGCAAGAAGGCAUGUCACUACUCGAAGCAGAACAGCAUGUGGGAGAUGCUGGACGACCCCGCCCAGAGCGACCUGUGCAGCUGCUGCGACAACACCUGCGGCACACGCCCCAGAAGACAAGCUGAGCAGGACUCUGGACGCUUCAGUCAACAUUCAGUCCUGGGACCUCUGGUCAUCGUCUAACAAGAUGGCGGACCUGUUGAUGGAUCGCCAUGAUAACUUGUUGUUGGCCAUUAAGUGAUGUUUCUGAUAAUAAAGGUCAUGUGCUGAAAUCC